AAGCCCUCUCGCUUUGCUAACGUUGUCAGGUUCUCGGUUUAAAGAUAAGGGCUGCUCUUCUUGACUCCGCUUUAGCCCUUUCGCCAGAGGAGAGGAGGAGAGGGUAGCGAGAGCGAGGACGAGAGAGGGGGGAGGAGAGAGAAGGGAAGGCGAAUUUGGUCUCUUUCUCUCCCUUGGAUCUCUACUCCCUUUCUCUCUUAUGCCGGUGGAGGAGAUGGAGUCUCCGGCGUGUUGCUCGGAUGGCGCUCUGGCGACCGACGCCGGUGCCCAGAGGGAGAAGGAGGGGUUCCCUGUGCUGGUGGAUCCGUUCCUCGUGGAGGCUCUGGAGAAUCCUCGCCACCGGCUCACUGUUCUACGGAUGGAGCUGGAUAUUCAGAAGUUCAUGCGGAACUCUGAUCAGUAUCAAUUUGAGUUUCAGCACCUCCCAACUUCAUAUCUUAAGUGUGCUGCCCAUCGUGUUGCUCAACACUAUGGGUUACAGACUAUGGCACUUGACAGCAUUAUAGAUGGUUUAGGUAGCAGAGUAAUAGCAAGGAAAACACCUGACAGUAAAUUUCCAGCUGUCUGUUUAUCGGAAGUUCCUGCAAAACAGCCUGAAAAGGAGAUCACUGAACAAGUUAAGAUUGUUAUUCGUCCGAGGCCAAGCAAAGCUUUCCCAAAUGAUGCAGUUGAGCUAGGAAUUAAAGGAUGUGCAGCAAGAACUGUGGAAGAGCGGAAGGAGGAAUAUGACAAAGCUCGGGCCCGUAUUUUCAGCAGUUCGAGCUGUCCAGAAGUGGAACGGCCAUCAUCUCCAGCUGAUGGGCGAAGCAUGUGUUCAGAUAAGGAUGAGCAGGAACGUCAUAGGACUUCAGAAGAAAAUGAAAAGACCAAUAUAAAAGAUGGUACUUCUAGAGUUGCCAUUUUCAGAGAUAGGGAAAAGGACCGCAGUGAUCCUGAUUAUGAUCGGAGCUAUGGAAGGUAUGUUAGAGGUCUCAAACUUGGCCAGAAUUUUGGCUUGGGGGCAUGCAAUGCUCUUCAAUCGCCAUUCCUGCAGUAUGAGACAGGGAUUUCUCAGUUUGGUCAACUGCCAAGGAACCAAACUCCUAUGAACUACAACCUAUCUAACCCAACCAUGAACCCAUAUUGUUCUUUUGGAUGUGAUCAGACCACCAAGGAGACUGUCUACAUGCAGUGGUCCAGCCCUGCUAUGAUCUAUGAGAAUUCCUAUGAGCAUUUUAGACAUGGCGUUUUCCAGGCUCCAUUUUACCAGCAACCUCUGAGCUUUGAGCAUACGCAGAACUGCUAGCACAGGGAAGUUGUGGAACAGAGGUGUUUCUUUAGACAUAGUAAAGUAGAGAGAGUGUUCGGGACUGUUGAAACUGUUUUCUUUUCAACUCUAGGUUUUAUAUAUUUUGUAGUGAGAGACGUGGUGCAUGCAAUUGAUUCCAUUGCUAUCGUUCUGAUUAAUUUGCAUGGAGCUUGUAUUUUUUGAUUUUAUGGUCCUGUUCUAUGAAUUCUUUCUUUGCAUGUUUUUACAUUUGUUCGCCAUAUAAAAUUAGAGGCUGUAUUAGAAUUGAAAAAUGACAGACAUGGGCUUUAGCUUUUGACAAAUUAAAUGGAUGAGAUCAGAAUCGAAGAACCAGAUGAAGUAACUGUUUAAAGUGUUUAGUAUGAAUAAGUGGAACAAAGAAGACUAAAUGUUCGUUUCCUCACUGUUAUCACGUGGAACUCUUCUGUCAUGUAUGUACUUUGCAACCAGAACCUGGAAAUACUUGAAAUAAGACCAUAACAAUGAUCUUAAUGGAACUUCAGAGAAUUUGACAAAAAGGAGAAGAAAUUCUGUCAAAAAACUUGACAGUUGCAAUGAAUCAGGAUGCUGCUACAUGACAUUAGUUGAGAUAUGACUUGGUGCUUAUGGUUUGUUGCUGUGGUCAUGUAUUUGUUGGAUGAGGCCAUUAAUAUUGAAAGGUUAACCUCUGUUGGUUGAUAAAUUUUUGUUGACAUUGAGAUGUAUUGAAUAGAUCAUCAUUAUCUAAAUCACGGUUCCAUGUAGAUCUCCAAUUCGUCAGUGAGUCAUCUGCCAGAUUUGGAAGCUGGUUGCCACUUACAUAAUUGAAGCCAAUCAGAUGCCGCUAGUGUACAUUUUGGCUUAGAAUUUGUUCUAGCAUAUACUACAAAAGCUCGGAUUAUUUCUUUGUAUAUGCUACUGAGAAUGCCAAAUAAUUGUUCUUGCGAUUGUUGGUA